AUGCUGCCGCGCACUGCCACCGAAAAGACCUGGGCUCUGGCCACCGUGGGCCUCGUCCUGAGUGCCUCGUACAUCCUCGGCCUGGCCAUCUACCGACUGUAUUUCCAUCCACUAGCCAGAUUCCCCGGACCGAGACUCAAUGCGAUCAGCUCAUUGCCCUCGAUCUACUCGCUGCUUCGUGGCCGAUUAGGGCUGGAAACCAAGCAACUGCACGACAAGUACGGCUCGGUCGUGCGAGUCUCGCCGAACGAGCUGGCCUUCAACUCGGCCCAAGCUUGGGAAGACAUCUACGGGUUCAAGACGGGUGGUCGCAAGAACAUGCACAAGGAUCCCAUCCAUGUCGGCUCCGUCGACCCUUUGCCCGGCGCCUCAACCCUGACGAUGGCCGACGACGAAAACCACGCUCGCCAGCGACGAGCCAUGUCGCAUUCUUUCUCGGAGAGGGCGUUGAAGGAGCAGGAAUAUAUUAUCCAGCACUACGUCGACAUCCUCAUAGGCAAGAUGAAGGAGAUGGCAGACAAGAAUCAGCACUUCAAUCUGGUGAACUGGCUGAACUUUACGACGUUCGACAUCAUCGGUGAUCUGGCCUUUGGCGAGCCCUUUGGCUGUCUCGACCUGGGCGCAUUCCAUUCCUGGGUUGCCUUGAUCUUCGAGACCGUCAAAGUCGGCGCACUGGAACAGGCCACUCGACGCAUGGCGGAGGCAGGAUCAUGGACGCAGACAACGCUGCUGAACAUGAUCCCCAACUACCUCAGACAGCGACGACGCGACCAUCUAACCCGCAGCCGCGAGAAGGUCGAGCAGCGCCUGCGCAACGGACCGGGCGAGCACAACGACUUCAUCUACUACAUCCUGCGUCAAAAGGAGAAAUACGAUCUGCACAACAACGAGAUCAUCCUAAACAGUGCGUUGUUCAUCGUAGCAGGCAGCGAGACAACCGCAAACCUCCUAUCCGGCCUCUUUGCCCGUCUCCUCCGAAACACCGACAAGAUGCACAAGCUCUACGCCGAAGUCCGCGCUGCUUUCCAGCACGAGGACGAAAUCAACUACCAGCGCACCAGCCACCUCGCCUACCUCAACGCAUGCCUGGAAGAAGGCCUGCGCAUCCACCCCCCAGUUCCCACGGGCCUCCUCCGCACGGUCCCCAAAGCCGGCGACACGAUCGACGGCCACUGGGUCCCCGGCGGCACCUCCGUCUCGGUGGGUGGGUGGGCGGCCUCGCACAACCCGGCGAACUUCCGGGACUGCGACGCGUUCAUUCCCGAGCGAUGGCUGGACGGCGAGCCCGCGUACGCGACGGACAUCAAGAGCGGCAUGCAGCCGUUCUCGCUUGGUCCGCGGGGCUGCAUCGGCAAGAACCUGUCGUACAUGGAGAUGCGUAUCAUCCUUGCGCGGCUGGUGUGGAACUUUGAUGUUGUUAGUAUCGAUGGCGCGUGGCAGUGGGAUCCCGAGGGCGAGAUGAGGCAUAUGAAGGCUUAUACGACGUGGCAGAAGCCGGAUCUUAAUGUGAGGGUGGUUCGUGUGCAGCGGGGGGGUGGGAGGACGGCUGGGUCGUAUUGUGUGAAGAGCCAGGCUCAGAGGGAGGGGAAGGAAGACCUGUAG